CAGUUGGAAGAGCCGAAUUCCUCUAAGGACACGUCCUUGUUGAGGGUCAGGAUGAAUCUACCGGGAAGAUCGACAUCUUUGUGGAUAAUCUUCGUCUUUCUGUUGCUGGAUUGUUGUUGGGAAACGGUUUCGGGACAGCUCUCCUACUCCGUUGCAGAGGAGGUGAAUCUGGGGACCGUUGUUGGAAAUAUUGCAAAAGAUCUUGGCAUCAGUGUGCAGGAUUUGGAGUCCCGCAUGUUCCAGAUUGUUUCUGGAUCAAGGAGGAAAUAUUUCGAGGUAAAUCUAAAGACUGGUGUCCUCUACGUAAACGAGAGAAUAGAUCGAGAAGAACUCUGCGGCGAUGAAGCUAAAUGUUCACUUAGUUUAGAAGCUGUCAUCAAUAAUCCACUGAAACUGCACCGCAUUGAAAUUACAAUAUUAGAUGUAAAUGAUGUUUCUCCGUCAUUUCCAAGCACGUUACGGUCGAUAGACCUUAGUGAAAACACAGCGGUAGGGGUACGAUUUCCUAUGGAUCCUGCUGACGACGCAGACGUUGGUAAAAAUACUGUACAUACAUAUAAGCUUAGUCAAAAUGAAUAUUUCUCCCUCAAUACACAUAAAGGAGACACAGCAACUCUCGAACUAGUGCUUCGGAAGGUUUUAGAUCGAGAAAAGCAAUCGCUGAUUGAACUCACACUGACUGCUAUUGAUGGAGGAACACCUGCUAAGUCGGGCACCAUGUCCAUCGUGGUAAAUGUGUUGGAUAUUAAUGACAAUGCUCCUGUAUUCAGUCAAACUCUGUACAAAGCCAAAGUGCAUGAGAAUGUUAAGUUGGGCACAUCUAUAAUACAAUUAAAUGCUACAGAUUUAGAUGCUGAUCUAAAUGGACAGGUGUUUUAUUCAUUCAGUAAAGUAGGGCGAGGAAAACUGACAGACAUAUUUGAUAUUGAUGAAAAAACUGGCACCGUGACAAAUAAAAAUAACAUUGAUUUUGAAGAGAAUGGUGCUUUCGAGAUUCAAGUGGAAGCUAAUGAUGGAGCUUACCCCCCUCUCACCUCUCAUGCCAAAUUAUUAAUUGAAGUUGUAGAUGUUAAUGACAAUGAACCUGAAAUAUCUGUUACAUCGCUGUUAAACUCUGUAAAAGAGGACGCGUCCAUGGGCACCGCAAUAGCUCUUGUUUCGGUGUUCGAUAGAGAUAGCGGUAAGAAUGGGAUGGUGAGCUGUAAAGUUUCCAGUGAUAUGCCUUUUAAACUGGAUUUAAAUUAUAAAAAUUAUUAUUCAUUAAUUCUGGACGGCCCUCUUGACCGAGAGACUUCACCUGAAUAUAAUAUAACCAUCACAGCUACAGAUGAGGGCAGCCCGCCUCUCUCCAACACCAGCGUCAUUCAUGUACACGUAUCUGAUGUAAACGAUAACAAACCUCAUUUCACAGAAGAAACAGUCAAUGUUUUUAUCAAGGAAAACAGUCCAAUAGGAGAAGUUUUGAAAACAGUAUCAGCGGUAGAUGCAGAUAUUGAGAAAAAUGGACACGUCACGUAUUCUCUUUUACACAUUAGCAGUAAUUCAUUACCACUUUCUGCAAUGGUAAAUAUCAACUCAGAGACUGGAGAUAUAGUUAGUCUUCAAUCUUUUAAUUAUGAAGAGUUAAAAACGUUCCAGUUUAAAGUUCAGGCCACAGAUUCUGGUGUUCCUCCUCUCAAGAGCAACGUGACUGUGAACGUUUUUAUUCUGGAUGAAAAUGACAACAAUCCCACGAUUCUGGCUCAAAAUUCGGAGCAUGGAUCUGUUAAUAGUGAGACCAUCCCCUACACUGUUGAAGCAGGAUACUUUGUUGCAAAGAUCAGGGCUGUGGACGCGGACUCUGGAUACAAUGCUCUUCUUUCCUACCAUCUCUCUGAGCCUAAAGGAGAUAAUCUAUUCAGGAUCGGAACCAGCACCGGAGAAAUCAGGACUAAAAGAAGAAUGAGUGACAAUGACCUGAAAACACACCCUUUGGUGGUUUUGGUUUCUGAUAAUGGAGACCCUUCUCUGUCAACUACUGUGUCUAUUGAUGUCAUGGUGGUUGAAAACACCGCUGAAAUCCAGACUCGGUUCAGACAUGUGCCUAUAAAAGAGGACAACUUCUCAGAUUUGAACCUGUAUCUGCUGAUCGCCAUUGUGUCGGUGUCAGUGAUCUUCCUGCUGAGUCUCAUUAGUUUAAUAGCUGUCAGAUGUCACAAAACCGACAGUGGAUUCAGCAGGUACAGUCCCCCGAUGAUCACCACCAACCCUGAUGGGAGCUGGUCUUAUUCUAAAGCUACUCAGCAGUAUGACGUGUGUUUUAGUUCGGACACACUGAAGAGUGAUGUGGUGGUGUUUCCUGGCCCGUUUCCACCUGUAGAUGGAGAACUGAUCAGUAUUAAUGGAGGAGACACAUUUACCAGAACUCAGACCUUACCGAGCCAAGAAAAGGUAAGACUUUAUUGCUGUUGA